CCCUCUACCUCCCCCGACCGCUGGGAUUCCGCCUCUAUCGCCGUCGAUCAGCGGUCGCAUCUUUUCCGACGACGGCUCCCUCCUUCCUCUCCCUCCCUCCGACCCGUCUUGACCCGAUUCCGUCCUUCCCCAUCAUACCGCGAUGAUGGCCGCCGCGCUUGAGCAACCUCUCCCCAACAAACCCGCCGCGAGCGGCUGUCCGACCACGACCGCCGAUGCUGCCGCCGCGUCCUUCACGCCCCCUCAGAGCGCCAAUGGCAAGAAAGAGGUACCCGAAGGGGUGCCCUCGGAGCUUUCGGAUCUGGAACUCGAUCCUAAGAACGGCGCAGCUCCGACGUCUGAGGAGGAGGAUGAGGAGAUCGAGCCAGAUCAUUACUAUGGUGGCGGCAAGAUCCCUGUGUUCAAGCCGACUAUGAACCAGUUUCAGGAUUUUCAAAAGUUCAUCAACAAGGUCGAUAAGUAUGGUAUGAAGGCGGGUAUUGUCAAGGUUAUUCCUCCUAAGGAAUGGGCCGAUGAUCUUCCAGCGCUCGACGAAGCUAUCAAGAAAAUCCGCGUCAAGAAUCCUAUCAUGCAAGAAUUCCACGGUUCGCAUGGCACCUACACCCAGGCGAACAUCGAGAAACAACGAUCCUACAACCUCCCGCAAUGGAAGGCGCUAUGCGAGGAAAGCAGUCACCAGCCCCCGGCCCGACGAGGCGAACGACGUCGAAACCAGGAACGAGUGACUCGCGCUGCGCCAGCUCCCAAACCUCAGACUACGAGUACCUCGCCCCAGAAACGGCGCCCCGGACGACCGCCCAAGCGUGCGAACCAAGUCAAGGUGAAGGAAGAGCCGGUGGAUGACAGCUUCGAUAAAACGAAACUCGAAGGACCUCCAACCCCCGUGUCGCCCGAGUCGAACCCCGUCGAGACCAAAUCCGAAGAGCUGAGCGAGGGUGAGGCGUUGCCGGCACCGAAGCCGAAAGGAAGACAGCCCAAGUCGGUGAAUGCACGACGCAAGAACAACCGGGGUGAUGCCGUGGACUUUGUGGACGAAGAGGCCUUCAAGGACUUUGACUAUAGAAUCCAUGACAACGCAGACUACACGCACGAGAGGUGUGAAGAGCUGGAGACGGCAUACUGGAAGUCGCUCAUGUUCAACAAUCCCAUGUACGGCGCGGAUAUGCCAGGUUCGCUGUUUGACGAUAACAUCACCAAGUCGUGGAAUGUCGCUAAGCUUCCCAACUUGCUGGAUGUGAUAGGCCAGAAAGUCCCCGGUGUCAACACGGCAUAUCUCUACCUGGGCAUGUGGAAAGCCACCUUUGCCUGGCACUUGGAGGACGUUGAUCUCUACAGUAUCAACUACAUCCACUUUGGUGCGCCUAAGCAGUGGUAUAGCAUUUCGCAGGAAGAUGCUCCUCGAUUUGAACAAGCCAUGAAAAGCAUCUGGACCAGCGAUGCGAAGAGCUGUGACCAAUUCCUCCGCCACAAAACCUACCUCGUCUCCCCCAGUCUUCUCAAGUCUCAGUAUGGUAUCACCGUCAACAAGAUGGUCCACUACGAGGGCGAGUUCGUCAUCACCUAUCCGUAUGGGUACCAUUCAGGAUACAACCUGGGCUACAACUGUGCCGAGUCCGUCAACUUUGCCACGGAGAAAUGGCUAGACUACGGCCGCAUCGCAAAGAAGUGCAACUGCGAAGCGGACAGUGUCUGGAUUGACGUGGACGAAAUCGAGCGGAAGUUGCGGGGCGAGUCGACUCCAGAGUACUACUAUGAUGAAUAUUACGGGAGCGACAUGGAUGACCUCGAAGGUGCAUCCGACCUCCUUACUCCACCGCGUAGUGUCCCCGAAAAGACAGCCAGUACUCGUCGCAAGCGCAAGCAUGACGGUGAGCUGACCCGGGCCAAGCGCAUGAGGGUCCAUAUGAAUGUUCCCAGAAGGAUUCCUUGUCUGCUAUGUCCCAAUGACCUGGGAUAUGAAGACCUUCUCCCGACCGAGGAUGGUCGAUCGCACGCCCACCGUCGCUGUGCUUUGUAUACCGAGGAGACCAGCAUCCUCCGGGAUGAGUCUGGCAGGGAAAUCGUGUGCGAUGUGGACAAGGUCCCCAAGGCGCGCAUGGGACUCAAGUGUCUCUUCUGUCGCGAAGUCCGUGGUGCCUGUUUCCAAUGCAACUAUGGUAAAUGCACCCGGGCAUACCACGCCACCUGCGCUCUUCUGGCGGGCGUUCAAUGCGAAUUGGGCUCGGUCGCGGUGAUUGCGGACGACGGUAAUCAAUAUUCGAUUCCCAGCGUCGAUCUGAAGUGCAAAUAUCACCGACAGAAGCGACACCAGGUGGUCAAUGGCGAUUCAUUCGAGCACGACCGUAAACUUCUCGACACGGCGCGGGGACUGGUUCCUGGCGAUCUGAUCCAGUUCCAAGCGGAUAAGGAAAUCAAUGGAGCCGUGGUACUGGAGAAUCGACCGGAGGAGUACUCAUUGCUGGUCAAGAUACUUCCACGAGGCGAUGCCAUUGAACUGCCGUACCGAUGGUUGCUCAUCGUUCGGAAGAGCAACUUCGCGUCUCUGGCUCCCGGGACUAAGCCACUCCCGGCGCAUUUGGCGCGUAAACCCGAGAAUCGGAAAGAACUCGAUUUGCCGGUGGCAGGUAGCCCGUUUGGUGAUGGGCCGUCGCCGUAUCAGUGGGCCGAAUUUGAGACGGUGAACGAUGCAAGCCAUGUCUGGGUCCACCAGCUCCAGGGGCAGCAGCACCGGCAGCAACAGCACCAGAUCUGGUAUUAUCUGGGGCCAUCGUCCACCGAGUGUAGGGCUCAAUAUACGCACAACCCUAGCGUGUCUGUCCACAAUCCCCGGGCGAAUUUCCUGGAUAGCGUCCGGUCGCUUGGCGCGGUCAAUCAUGCUCAGCAGUCAGUGGCCGCGAUUAAUGCUAAAUAUGCUCGGACGAAUAAUAGCCCUGCAAUUCUGCAACAUCAUGCGGUGACCCGGCUGCUCCCCUUUGCUGCUAAUGCUGGUGCUGCUUCCGCCUCAUCUUCGGCUUAUCCCCACCACCGGCAGCACAACCACCACGGCCUGCAAUACCAUGCUACUACUAGUACUCCUGCUAUUGCUUCUGCUGCCCCUCAUCAUAAUACUACUACUCAUCACCAACACCAACAACUUCCGACCCAGUCUCACCUUGUCCCUGCUGCUGCUGCUGCUGCUGUCACCGCUCCUCCUGUGCAGCGUCCUCUUGCCCCUCCUCCACCGCCGCCGACGUCGCUGCACGCUACGACCACCUCCUCUCCGUCUUCUUCUGCGAUGCCGUCAGCCUAUCGUUCCCUGCCAACUCAAUCUGCUCGUCACGCUCCAUAUCCUCAGAUCACCAAGGCCCAUCUUCAACAAAAUAAUAAUACCAGCAAUAAUAAUCACAAUAGCUCGCAUUCCCGUUCCCCCUCCUCCCAACAACAGCAAUCACAGCAACCUCAACAACUGCCUGCCAAUACCUUUGCCAACGUCCGAGAGCUCAUUGCCCGUCGUCGACUCGCCCAAAUCACCGAUCAUGCCAAUGUGUUCGCUGGGUAUAAUAUCGUCAGCCCCGAGCUAGUCGUAGAGACGCUGCUGGGUCCCAUGGGCUCGGUAGCGCCGUCCAAUGGUCUGGAAAAGCUUGAGCUGGCCAUGGCUCAGCAACGGGUGCAACCCCGGGCGGUCGAUGGGACCUUGUUGCCGUUACAGCCGCUCAACAUGCGGUCGGAUGAGGUGAACCGAUUGUUGCGAAUGCUCCGGUUCUCGCUCGUGAGUCACCGUGAGCGAUUGGAUGUGCUGCAGCAGAAAAAAGAGUCGGAGAAUAACAAGGCUGAAUCGGUCGAUCGGGGUAGUGUGGCUGCGGCCAAGAUGGCUGGGAAAUACGCGUUCCUUGAUAAGCAACGGUCGCAAGUGCCGACCGUGUAUCAGUCGCCGUAUGACCACCCGUCCGGUUUCACCAAGCACGCCGAGGAGACUUUUGGUCUUAUUCCUUGCGAACCCGAGCUGCCCAAGCCGUCGCUGGCCAACGAUUAUUUCGCCAGUCUCUCGCCAGAGGACCAGGAGAAGAUCAUGAAGACCUGCGGUAGUUAUGUGCAACGAGCCAUUGAACGCUCGACCAGUCAUAGCCGGCAAGGAUCCGCGUCGAACUCCCGGCUGGCGUCGGUCCUCGCUCAGCAGACGGACAACCCAACCAUCGAUAUCACGCCGGUUGAGGACAUGCCGCCGCUGUCAGCGCUCGACCUGCCCCUGCAUGCGGAUUCACCUUGCUCAAAUUUCAGUCGGUCGCAUUUGCGAUUCCAGUCACCAAACGACUUCACCUCCCACGGAGUUGAAACUCACAAUCAUGACCAUCAUGAGCUCUUCGGUGACCAACAGGCCAACAUGCGGUUCUGGCAGAAUGGGCCAUGGGAAGCCGGUGACGGGAAUACACCGAACGACGAGAACCGACCGUUCUUUGGGCCGCAUGAACGACUCAAAAAUGACUAUGCCUCGUCGGACAUAUCUCUCGGCCGGGGGCCAGGGUCUUUGCACUCGGUUGACAUGGCUGGUUUCGGACUAGAUGCGACAGACGAUAUAUGUGCUGAAUUGAGUCCGUGAGCGUGUCUUUUCUUUCCAUUCGUUUUUGGUACUUGCCGUGAUACGAAAUCAUUCAUGUCUCAUGUAACGAUUUUCUUUUUAUUCUUGGACUGAUGACUGCAUGACUGGCGUUUGAUUGUUGUUGCGUUGCUACUUUCCGGUUCAGAAAAAAAAAAAAGGCGACAUCCAUCUCAGAUGAGGCUGGAUAGAUGAGGGGAGACAAAAACAGAGGCAGGAAGGAGGAAGAAAAGAAAAGCGACCGUG